UGAAAGCAUAGUUAUAACCUAAAAACGUCAACAUUCAAAUAAAGAUUUUCGCAUUUGAGUAUCAGAAUUGGAUUCUUUUAGAAUCUUGCAUUUAACAAAUUCAAUAAUAGUCUAGUCAAAUAAAAAAAUGGCAUCUAAAGACGACAAGCAUAAAGGAUCUCAAGGUGAUAAUAAAGAGAAACGCAGAAAAGAAUCAAUUCUAGAUCUAAGUAAAUAUCUGGAAAAGAGUAUACGCGUUAAAUUCGCCGGCGGUCGUGAAGCGGCCGGUAUACUGAAAGGCUAUGAUCCUCUUUUAAAUUUGGUGCUGGACAACACGACGGAAUAUCUCAGAGAUCCAGAUGACCCAUAUAAACUACUAGAAGAUACAAGAGCACUAGGUCUCGUUGUUUGCAGAGGGACAUCUGUUGUACUGAUUUGCCCUAUGGAGGGAAUGGAGGCAAUUCCAAACCCUUUCAUAACCCAGGAGGGAUAGCUGUGACUUUUUAUUUUUUUACAUGUUAGUAUUUAAGAUAGAAGAUAAGUAAACGUUAAGGUACA